UCGUAUUAUAAAUGUAUGCUUUAUGAAGAGGAUAAAUCAUCUGGAAACAUACAUUAUUUCACGUCUACAUAGCUGUUGGAUAAACGGUUAAUGUCGACAUAAAAGAGGAUUAAUAACCAUCACCAAAAUACAAGCUUUUCUGGAAAAGGACUCGGGCAUUGAACGACCGCCACUGAUGCGUGGCAGAAGUUCGCUUUGCUGCUCUUGAUCAUCGUAAUAAAUCGCCAAAAUGAAAAUAACCUUCGGCUCUGUAGUUGUUAGUGCUGGUCUCGCUGGCAUUUUAAGUUUCAGCUUUCUAGCGCUUGCUAUAGGGAGUGAGUACUGGUAUAUUAUUGAUGACCACAGACCCAACUUCACAGAAGAUUCUCAUUCUGGACUCUGGAGAACCUAUGAAGGGGAUGAUGUCUACUCAUUCACUGCAAACGCAGAAUCCUACUCGGACUUAGAGAAUCACAUGUACAACAUGCACACAGUGAUUGCGGUGCUGCUGCCGCUGAGCCUGGUGAUGCUGGUGUUUGGGGGGAUCUGCGGGCUGGUCAGCUCACUGGCCAGGAGCUCUUCUCUCCUCCUGGGUACUGCAUCAUACAUACUCCUCAGCAGUCUGCUGACGCUGUCCGGCGUGUGUCUGUACAUCAGCUACUCCCAGCAGGCGUGGCAGGAGUCGGAGCGGCGCAUGGGCGCCGAGCAGAUGGCUCAGCUGCACACCUACUUCGGCUGGUCUCUGGGCAUGGCCUGGCUCUCCUUCAUCAUGGAGGUGCUCUCCUCGCUCCUCCUCUUCCUCGCCUCGCGCAUGGUCGGCCCGCAUUAACGCUCCGGUCUGCCCAUACUCCUCACUGAGAAGCAAGAAGAAAGAACAAAGACUGCACUGAAGAGAUCCCAAGAGAGCACCCAGCAGCAGCUCACACUCAAGUACCUCAGGAGGUGGCAGUGACUGUGAGAAGGAGUUGUGUGGAGGAGUUCAAUAGUGUCACACUGUUUUUGUGAAACUCAAUUUCGACUGUGGAACGGACUCAAAGCGGAAAUGAAAGACACAGAGGUGGUACAGUUAGCGCCAGUCACCCAUUUCCUGGAAAUGCCGGACCAGAGUGUUUAUCAUGUGUUUUGUUGUCACCUGGAAAUUGAUUGGAGGGUUGAGGUUUUCAAAUUGAUUAGUUCGCUUUUAGACUGCUCUGUCGCGCUUGUUGUUGUGUAACAGAUAGUAUUCCUUCCGUUGCUCCUUGAGUGUGAUUUUUUUGUCGCAUCCACCAACCAUUAAGCAGUCUUAUUGUGCCUCUUCUCUGUGCAAUGUCCACUUACUGUAAUGCGUUGCUUGUGCUUCUUUUCAUGUGACGAGUCAGGAAAAUUGGAUCUUUCUGUAAUUUGUGGAGUAUUUCACGUCUUUGUCAAAGUGUCUGCGUAGGAAGUGACAACGCUUCGCUUUUUAAUCCACAGCGGUGAGAAUAUUAAUUGCUACACUGAUGAGUACCUUUCAAGUGGCAGUGAAAUGGGAAGGCGGUAGAGAGUGGUGAGAGCCCUGUUACCAGCCUGUCAGUCCUCCUCACAUGGAAAUGUAUUUUUUAAUGACUUUUAAGUCACUGCACUGAUAUAUACAUGCUAUGAGGAUUUUACAAAGGUAAAUG